AUGGCCGAGUCUCUCAGCAAGAAAUCACGCGUCACCGGCCCACUGACGGCACUUAACCUCCUGAAUGGCGCGUUCGUGCCGCCCGUGGAGGAGAAGUACAUUGACGUAAUCAGUCCAUCAACUGGCCAAGUGAUUGGCAAAUGCGCGUUGUCUAGUGACACAGACGUGCAGCAAGCGGUGGCAAAGGGCCAAGAAGCUUUUGCCCAGUGGCGGCGGACGACCGUUAAAGCUCGGGCCGCGAUAAUGUUCAAGUUCCAUGCGCUAUUGAAGCAGUAUCAAGAUGAGCUCGUGGACCUCGUCGUGCUCGAGAAUGGCAAGAACCGGACGGAAGCUCUUGCUAGUAUCGUGAAAGGCAAUGAAACAGUCGAGUACGCGUGCAGUCUGCCUCAAGUGGUGCAAGGACGCACUCUGCAAGUGUCGCGUGGCAUCACGUGCCAAGAAGUGCGAGAGCCGCUGGGAGUGGUGGCCUGCAUUGUGCCGUUUAACUUUCCCAUCAUGGUGCCCAUGUGGACGAUUCCAAUUGCCUUGACAAUGGGCAAUUGUGUGAUUCUGAAGCCGUCGGAGAAGGUUCCUUUGACAAUGAGCCGCGUUGCAGAGCUAUUGCUGGAAGCGGGCGUUCCUAGUGGAGUAUUCCAGAUCAUUAACGGGACGGCAGACCCAGUGAAUAGCUUGUGCGAUCAUCCCGGAAUCGCUGCCGUUACAUUCGUUGGAUCAAGUCACGUGGCGCAGCUCGUUGCUCGUCGAUGCCGAGCGCUGGACAAACGUGUGCUUGCACUAGGUGGAGCAAAAAAUCACCUGGUAGCUCUUCCGGAUGCAGACGCUGAUGUCGCUUCCAAGGAUAUCGUUGCAUCCUAUGCAGGGUGUGCAGGACAGCGCUGCAUGGCUGCAUCAGUUCUACUGCUCGUAGGAGACUGUUCCAAGCUGCUUGACACCAUCGUUGCAAAAUCAAAGGAGUUGAUUCGCGGGACCGGGGCUGGCCAGGUUGGUGCUCUCAUUGACGAUGCAUCAAAGUCUCGAGUGCUCAAGUACAUCAACGAGGCAGAAGCUACCGGUGUGAAGGUGCUCGUGGACGGCCGGUCGUGGGCCCAGCAGUCCACGGGGUUUUGGGUCGGCCCGACUGUGCUGCUCCACACGAACCCGAAAGAUGCCGCAAUGACGGACGAGAUCUUUGGUCCAGUGCUUAGUGUGUACUGCGUGAACUCUUUCGAUGAAGCGCUUCAGAUCGAGAAUGACAAUGAGUAUGGAAACGCGGCGGCGAUAUACACGUCGAAUGGCGCUUAUGCCGAGUACUUCCAGUCGCGUUUCCGUGCCGGCAUGAUCGGGGUCAACAUCGGCGUUCCCGUGCCUCGCGAGCCGUUCAGCUUUGGUGGCAUGUAUGGCACGAAAAGCAAAUUUGGUGACAUGGACAUCACGGGCGACGGUUGCGUCGAGUUUUUCUCUACGCGUCGCAAGAUCACUUCGAAGUGGAGCGCCGGCAAUACGUCGGGUGAUGCAGCGAACUUCAGCGGCCAGCUAUAG